GCCGCUGAUAGGCGUCGGCGGGACCGCCCCCCCCUCCGGCUGGGCCGCGGUCGGUGCCUGGCAGCCAGAGGGUCGGCGCCGCCAUCGCCAUGGGCACCCGCGACGACGAGUACGAUUAUCUCUUCAAAGUGGUGUUGAUUGGAGACUCUGGAGUUGGGAAGAGUAAUCUUCUGUCACGUUUCACGCGCAAUGAGUUCAACCUGGAGAGUAAGAGCACCAUUGGGGUGGAGUUUGCCACCAGGAGCAUCCAGGUGGAUGGGAAGACGAUAAAGGCCCAGAUCUGGGACACUGCAGGCCAGGAGCGGUACAGAGCCAUCACCUCCGCGUACUACCGUGGUGCCGUUGGGGCUCUUCUGGUCUAUGACAUCGCCAAGCACCUCACCUAUGAGAACGUGGAGCGCUGGCUGAAGGAGCUGAGGGACCACGCAGACAACAACAUCGUGAUCAUGCUGGUGGGCAACAAGAGCGACCUGCGGCACCUGCGCGCCGUGCCCACCGACGAGGCCCGGGCCUUUGCAGAAAAAAAUAACUUAUCUUUUAUUGAAACUUCUGCUCUGGAUUCAACAAACGUAGAAGAAGCCUUCAAGAACAUCCUUACAGAGAUCUACCGCAUCGUCUCGCAGAAGCAGAUCGCUGACCGCUCGGCGCACGACGAGUCCCCGGGCAACAACGUGGUGGACAUCAGCGUGCCCCCGACCACCGACGGACAGAAAUCCAACAAACUGCAGUGCUGUCAGAACCUGUGACCUCCUCUGGAUGGCUCCUGUGCCCUUCACCUCGUCUGUGCUUCAUUUAGAAACUUGUGUGCACUUCUUAUCUCCUGUGAUUCAGUGACUCCCUCCUCCCUCCCUCCCUUCCCCCCUUCCCCUCCAUUCUCAUCUUAGAGCUUUAACUGUAGGGCUAACAUCCAUCCCCCUGCCUCUGAAACCCCCUUCCACGUGGUGACUUCUGGGCUUGAAAGUGUAGGCACUGACCUGAUAGACCUUGGUUUGUGGUGGAACAUCUGCUGCUGGAUUAUUAUCCCAUGGAAGGCUCUCCUCAGAUGGUUUUGCUCGGUGGGGUUUGUCCUCUUGAGUUGUUUAAUGGUGGGGGUUAGUUGUUGGGGUUUCUGUUGGGGCUUAUUUGGUGGUGGUUGGUUUUUUUUUCCCCUUGGGGGUUUGGGUUUGGUUGAGGUUUUUUU